UACAUUACGUGGGGACGGAAGGACAGAUAGACAACAGGGUGGCGGCCAUGGUGGUGGAGGGAGGGUAUGGCUUACGUCAAUGUGGCCGAAUGGAGCCCUGACCAAGUCUCCGAAUGGCUCAAAGGUCUUGAUGAGGUCAUUUUGCCAUAUGUACGUCACUUUGCCAGUAACCAGGUAGAUGGCAAGAGAUUGCUGCAACUAAGUGCAGACAUAUUGCCUGCCCUACGAGUCACCAAAGUGGGCCACCAGGAAAUCAUUCUUCAGGCUGUUGAGCUGCUCCGCAACAUUCAUUAUCAUCUAAAUCAAGAAAAUGUGCAACACCUUGCAUUGCGACUCAGCUCCAAGGCUCGGAGUGUCUGCAGCGAACUCAGGUAUGCUGCAAUUGCUGCCAGGACCGGUGGUGGAAGUGCUGGGGAGGAGGAAGAUGGAGAGGAGGAGGAGGAGGAAGAGGCUGGGCAGCUGAGGGGUAUGAGGAAGAAGCAGGAGAGAGUAUCAACAGCAGUGAUUGGAGGAGUGGCAGAUGUACUUUCCGCUGUUAAGGGUUUGGUGUGCUGGCUCAACAGACAGCCAUUUGAGGGUCAAGAGAGAUAUGACAAAAUCAAGAAAACUCUGGUGGAUUUGAGCAUUCGUCUGGCCACAAAUACUCAGCGGGAUAAGUUUGCAGAAAACCAAGCCAGCCAUAUCCUUCAGAUAUGUGAGAAUUUAGUCACUGAAUCUGACAUAAUCAUUCAGGAGUCAGAUGACCCUCUCAUCAUCCAGCCAGCUUCCUUAGAAAUUGCCACAGUCAAGAAGAAAGCAGAUGAUGAUUGGGGUUUGAGGUUGCAGUCAUCUUUUCAUGGUGUACAUCAGGUUUCUGGAGUAAUUGCUCUCAGCCCUGCUUACCAGUGUGGGAAGUUGCAAGAAGGUGAUGAAUUGGUGCAAGUCAACUAUCAGACAGUGAUUGGUUGGAACCAUCACAGAGUGACUGCAGUGAUGGAAGAAUUUCCUGUGGAAGUGAUUCUGACAGUCAAAAAGCGGCCACGCCAUUUCAAUACAGUAGCUCAGAUAAACUACUUGAAGCCUAUGCGUUUGCCUAGUAAGAAGAGAAUAUACUCCCCAUGGGGAUCCAUGGUGUCCUCUCCACACUGUGAUAUCCCUAAUCUGCAGUUCUCUGUGUCAGUGGACAAAGUUGCAUUGAAGCGAGAAGCAACAAACACAGAGCCAACUCCAAAGUCCACCACACCACCUCCUCCCCAGGCCACUCCAUCUCCCCAGCCCCCCUCUUCCAUCAGCGAUGCUGCAAGUACUGCAUCUGAUCACGAGUCCGAGGAAUUGGACACAGAUGAUGACCCAUACCCACCAGAUGGGGAGUUACUUGGGUCCUCUCCCACAAGCAUGCGGCUUUAUCAUCCAAAACCUCGAGUGUCUGUGCAGCGGCGAGCUACUAUUCCUGGGGCUACUGCUCGCCCAACUCUCAGCUUUGACCGGUUGCUGCAUGACGAACAUAGAAACAGCAAACUUCCUGAUGGUCAUACUGAGGGGUCAAACCGAAAUCAUCGCAUUGGUGCAGACAUAAACAACCGCCGACGUACCUGCAUUGAAACUACAACCAAAAUGAGGCAGUUCAGGGAAACUAAAAGGCUCAACAAGGAAGGACUGUUAAAUGAGAUGGCCAUGACUGGGGAUGGUAGGGAAGGUACUGGCUCCACCUUCAGCCAGUCUGGGAUCAAACCAUUGUCAAUACCAGAGUCUGGGAAACCAGUAAAUAUCAUCCCACUUCCUCCAAGGAAACCUACAAACCACAGUCAGUCAGCUUCCCCAUCAGUGACCCACCGAUCUGUAGCCUCUGAAGAUAAAAGUUCUGGUGAAAGCUGGGCUACUGGUGGGCACAGCUCAAAUGUCUCUCAGUCACCUGGAAAGCAUUUUGAAAAACUGUCUGAACAGUGUCAAGAACACCAUCAAGACAGCCACUCUCAUAGAGUCUCUGAAGACAGGCCUAAGUUGGACAAGAGUCAUAGUACUCCAGCAUAUGAUAUGGAUGGAGAUGUUGGACAGGAAGGACUGUCUGCACCAUUAGCCCCUGUCAAAGCUGUCAGUCCUGCACGGUCUCCCACUGCUACCCAAGUUGGCACACAAGUCUUGUUAGCAGCAGGGAAAGUUGGGCCACCUCCUCCCCAUCCUGCUCCUGCCAUCACCUCCAAUACUUCUACCACCACCACAACCAUCAUCACUACCACAACCACCACCACCACCACCACCACCUUCACUACUACUACCACCAUCACCACCGCUCCGUGCAGCAGUGAGGCAGGCGAGGGAGGGAGGGAGGGGCAGCAGUCCACGGCAGCACCAGUGGUAAUGAGGGAGGCCCGCAGCAGUUCACCCUCCGUUUGGCGCCGUGCUAUCCUCGUCUCAGACCGUGGGAGCCGCCGCAUCUCCUGCCGAGAACUUGGGCAGGGUGAUCAUCAGGGAUGGCUAUACCGCCGUCGUGAUAACAAGGGUUUCCUCCUGCCACAUCGAUGGGAGCGCCGAUGGUUUAUCCUCAAGAAGAACUAUCUGUAUGGAUAUCGGGACAGAGAAGCAGUGCGAGCAGACUCUCUCAUCUAUUUACCAGGAUUCCAUGUUUGUCCAGCUACAGAUGUCAAGGCGAAGAAGUAUGCCUUUAAAAUAUAUCAUUCAAGUGGUGCCACUUUCUACUUUGCUUGUGACACCAGUGAAGAACGCAGCCGCUGGAUGAGUCAGAUGGGGUUGUCUGCUAUCACUUCACACCAUCACCAGCAUCAGCAACAGCAACAUCAGCAGCAGCAACAACAGCAGCAGCAGCAGCAACAACAACAGCAGCAGCAACAGCAGCAGCAGCAACAGCAGCAACAUCAACAGCAACAGCACUCCCACCAUCGCCAUCACUUUGGGCCUCACACACAACAGCAUCAGCAACAAGGUGAAGAAGUUUACUAUAGUGAGACUGAUGAAGAAUUAGAGGACAGACCCCCUACCUCUCCUCACAACCUGCAGUCUCCAUCAUCAGCCAGAAGCCCAACAGGCCGGGAUGGUAGUGGGACUUCCUUGUGGCGUGGAGGGUCAGUCAGUCCUGGCCGAAAUAGUCAGAAUCGGGGGGCACCUUUAUGCUCAUCUUUAGCAGUGCUAAAUGUGACAAAGGGCUCCAGCCUAAGAUUCCUACAACACUAUAAGGAUCCAAUGAGUCAGCCAGUGCCCACAGCAUCCUUUCGUAGUUACAGGCGUGUGGGUGAAAGCACAAGCAGAAGUACCUCAGUUGGUGAUCUAAGGAAGGUCAGUAAGUCAGAUACAGGCACUGACUUGCAAGGUAAGACUGAAGAAGGUUCAGGUCGACAGGUGACUAGAAAGAACAGCCUGCGUGACCGUUUCCGUCAGCUGCAUACACCUUUCACCUCUGAGCGGCGAAAACAAGCAGCUGGCCGAGGCACCCAGGAUACCCACAAGAAUAGAAAGAAGUCUGCAGGAGAGCAACAGCAAGGAGACCAAAUCACAGCUAGGAAGGAAGGGGGACAUCAGCAGCAUCAGACUGAAGAAAAGACAUUUCCAGCCUCCUCUGCCACCACCAAUACCACUGCUACCACCACCAUCACCAGCACCUCAGUCACAAACACUACCAUGCCCACUGUCACUAUACCCAACCCUGUUCCUACCCUCACCCUCACCACUACAUCCACAGUCACCACUACCACAGCUAUUAACACCACUCAUGGGAUGUCACAAGUCAGUGCCCUUCAGAUCUCUGUCAGCCCUCAACACCAGACCACAACAGAACUUCAGGUGGGAUCAGGUGAGACCAGUGCAGGAGUGCACCGGCAACGACCACGCUACAUGUUACCCACUCGGGCUAGCAGUCAUUAUUCUCCUGCCCGACCAUCCUCCAUUGAUUUGGACAGCCGUAGUGGCUCCAGCUCCAGUAAGGCCAGUAUGGGACGUUGGAGUGGAACACCCCCAUCCAGUGGGCGGUGUAGCCCUUCCAAAUUCGAGGUUAGUGGACGGCGAGGCAGUGUUGGUGGAGAGUCCCCAGUUAGGUCUGGAUCACCCCGCAGAGGUUCUCUGGACUGUUUGGCAUGGCCUCAUCCACGAGCACUCUCCCCACCCACCUCGCCUAUUCACACACCCACUCGCAGCUCUCAUGGUUCUACAAGUAGUCUCCUAGCUUCAGAGGAAUACCGAGAGGGCUCUCCAGAAAAGCUUUGGAUCAGUUCACUGCGCACUGACACCUCCAAAACUAAGGGAAUCACUGUGCGUUGCAUUUCUGCAAGAAAAGAUGGACGCUCACGCUCUGGCUCUGGAGAGAAUAGUGCCUCUGAUCGUCUCAAACGUACUGCCUUGUAUCACCCACCCCUUCGUGGUCGUACUGACCCAAUGAAACCAGCAUUUGAAUUGGUUUUGGAUCCAUAUAGUAGGCAGAUUGUCAUUGAUUGUCACAGAGAAAAUCUGAGGCCUUCCAAGACUCCUUCAGAAGUUUCCCAGUCGGAUUCUGUUGCCCAGCCAGUGACAAUCACACUGACUAGGAAGCCACAACGGCAGUCUCCCAGUAGUGAUACAGGGACACCACCUCGACCUGAGGUGCCACCUAGGACAAAGUUCCUCUCUCUGAGUGAGCGAACUUUACCACCCUCCUCUCCUUUGCCCUCUUCCCCACCUUAUUUGCCUCUGGUCUCCAGUCCUUCAUCAAGUUCAUUGACAAUAUCCCCUACUUGUAACCACAGUAUUAGUUCUUCCCCAUCUACACAGUCCACACAACAUUCAGCACUAACUUCACCAUCUUUUCCAUCCACAAGCUCUCCAGGGCUUAGUCAUACUACUACUCUUACUAAACAUGUUCCCAACCUCACCAUCAGGACCACAUCUGAGGAGACAGAUCCAGUACGCACACCCCUCAAGCCUGCCAUGGGUGUGUCCAUGAUUGGGAAACAGAGAAGAACUCCUGGUGUCCUGUCACCUCGAGAUGUGUUCUUCUCUUCACCCCCAUCUUCCCCAACCCUCUCUUCUGUGUCCUCCUCCAUUUCUCCUCAUCAUUCCAGCAAGAACUCAGUGCCUCCUAAACUACGCAACCAAAAAAUCCUGCCACACUAUCCAGGGAUGGAGUAUCCUCCAGUAUUUGAGCCUGGAUCAUAUUCCCUUUGCCCAGCUGACCAGACCAUGCCAUCAGCUGACCAAGGCCAAGAGAGUGGGAGUGAGGGUCGCGCUAAUGUAGAGAGUCGUGUAGUUUUUACCAUGGCUCAGGUUGGGAUAUCUCAUGGUGCUCCACACACUAGCCACAAGCUGAUGUCAUCACCUGAAACACCAAGUAGAGCAGGCCAGGAGCAAAACUCAGGAUCAGCAAGAGAGUAUCAUUUGUCCCAGAGAAAUAUAGAAGUCAGUGGUGGUGGUGGUGGUGGCGGUGGUGAUAGUAGUAGUGGUGGGGGAGGUAGUUCUCUUAGCCCUCCAGCACUGGCCUGCCACCAUUCUCUUCAUAUUAUAGUCACUGCUCAAAACGCUCCUUAUACAUUUCACUCCCCAGACUCUCCCCAGACCAUCAAUGUUACUGCUCCUACAUCAGGCUCCACCUCACAUCACCACAACAUAACUACUUCCUCUCCUUCACAUUCAGUAGCACCCCACCAUCAAAGUUUGUAUGUCACCACCCCAGUGCACCCUGCUAUCCAACAGAAUAUUUCUGUGUCCCAAUCAUCAACAUUCAACACCCCUCUAAAAAUAAGUAGCACUGGAGGAGCAGGGAAAUCAAUGUCUCAAUAUACAUUUGGCCAUACAGGUCAAGCCAACUCUGUCCAAGGUAUCCAAGGUCUGGAGAGCCAAGCUUCACAGUCAAACAAAUCACAGAUAUCCUCCAGGUCACUUACACCUACAAAGCCAUUCUUACCAGCACCUUCAGACAGUUCUCCCAGUAACAAGGAUAAAGAAGAUAUCCACAGAGAAUCAUCAGCCUAGGAGUGCUUGUGAGAACUCUUGGUGCAUGCAGAUGUUGCCUUAUUGGUGCACCUCACAUGUGUAUGUUGAGAGGAAUUAUGGUGCUUUUAUAUAGCUAUCGCUCAACAUCUUAAUUUCAGGUCAGUACAGUAAACUCCCUCGUAUACGACCUAAAACACACAAGGCCAUCAAGUACAUGAGAUUUCCAGCAGUGUGAGGUGUUUUUUCACACCUGAAUGAAGUCCUGCAUUACUUAAACUGAUCCCCAUGCCAUAAAAACAAUAUUCUUUGUGAUUAAAUUGCACUUAAAGGCAACCAUAACUAACUAAAUCAUGAGAUAAAUGGGAACUCAGUUUGAUUUUGAAUGACAUGCUAUUUUCUUAUUUUCUCCAUUUUAACUAAACUUUUAAAAUAUCUUGGAUAAUACCAUAACUUGGAUAAUGUAUUUCAGGAUGCGAGGGAGUUAACUGUAUAUAGUGAUUGCCCCCCAACCCCCCCCAAGUUUUGAAAGCCAAAAUAAUAAGGCUUUAAAGUAUGUGCUUUCAUAGAAUUAGGAAUCAAAUAUUGAAGUAAACUUUGAGACUACCUAGCAUCAACUUCCCCCUUAAUUCAAGUGUUGCUGUUAUAUUUACUUCUGUGUUACCCCUUUAAUUUUAGUUGCAUUUGUGAUUCUUCCUGAGAUCCUGUCAGCUCCCAGUCACCAAGCUAUUAGCAUGUGGUCUUUCAGAUAGUUGAAGUUGUCAUAUAUUCUUAUUUGAUCUUUAUAUUGUGGUUAUCUCCUUAUGACCUACAAGUUAUUUGUCAAGAAAAUGGCAGUUUUAAUUAGAUAUUGAUUGACAACUUGUUGAAUUAACAUCAAUCAUGGAUUCAGCAAGGGAAGCUAUGUCAGCAACAUAUGUCAAACUGUCAACUUGGUUUUACUUAUAGAGAAGGAAGUAAUAUAUAUAUAUAUAUAUAUAUAUAUAUAUAUAUAUAUAUAUAUAUAUAUAUAUAUAUAUAUAUAUAUAUAUAUAAUGGAUAGACAGAUAGAUAAGGAAACCAGUCAGAAAUCAUUGAAUAUCAUUGAUAAAAUCAUACCUUGUCUCAUUGUAGGAAUAAAAAAAAUACAAAAAAGGGGAUCCCAAGUCCCCUUGCUCUUCCCUUUCCAAUCAUCUACAACACAUAGCACUGUCAUAAAUGUUCAAACAUAUGAAUCAUGUUUAUUAAUCAUACUGAGGAAAGAAACUUUUGUUUGUUGUUACAGUAAGGAGUGCAUACUUCUCAUGAAUGUUGCACAAACCUGACUGGAAAUUAUGGUUUUCCUCUUAUCCACAUGCUAUUUGUACUUGGACCUAAAACAAGAUUUUCUUGGCAAAAGGAACUCAGUAUGAAAAACUUCAUUUGGUGAUAGAAGCCUAUUUAAAAAGUCUGGAGAAACACACAAAGCUAUCCCUAGAGGAUGGAAAGUUUCUCUUUAUCUGCAUCCUUCACAUAGAUUGUUGGGUUGCUGUUUAUCACAAGAACCAGAGGUAUGGGAUUCCAGACACUUGAGCUUCUGUCAUCAGAACAUGAGUUGUUGAUAUUUGCACAUGCAAUAAAUUACUUUGAAUUAUAAGCACCCAGUUAUAUAGUUAUAUUUCUUACUAGGUGUGUUAUUUAAAAAAAAUAAAUAAUUGUGAUGUAUCAAGAAGCAUCUAGUAUAAUGCGCUCAACUAGAGUUAGGAGUCUCAAAGUAUUUUGUUAAUAUGAAGUGUGUGUUGGUAACAGAGAAAAUCCUAUUGCUGACUUGCACAUAUUUAUUGUUAAAACAUGCCCACUUAUAUUGUGUAUAUUAAGGGUGUCCCAUGAAUUUUCAAGUUAAUUGCAGAAAUGAAAGACCAAAUAAUUGUGAAAAAUUUUCAGGAAAUGUGUAUUUUGUACAAUUUUUCAUGUUUCAUAUCACCUAAUUUAUGGGUCAAAAUGUACUUAGCUACACAACCACAGCUGGAUUAAUUUCCUGUGUAGGAUUAAAAAUUAUUAAAUAUUU